GUGGUAUAACAAUAGACUUUAAUGAUGACAUGUUGUACUGGGUGGACAGUAAGAAAGAUACAAUAGAAUGUGCUGGUUUCCUUGGCAACAAUAGACGGGUUGUGGCCUAUCAAUCUGCAACGAUUUUCUUCGGAAUAGCAGUAUUUCAGAAAUAUUUAUUUGUAACAGAACAAAUGCAGGGUCAUCUAAGAGUGUAUGACAAACUGACCGGGAAUAAUGAGAUCAACUACCAGCUCGGAUACAUACCGGAUGGUAUCAUAAUGUACGACGAUUCCCUACAGGCAGGCAACUCUUCUGAAUGUGAUGCCAAGGGUUGCCAACACAUCUGUGUAAAUGAUCCCCUAUAUGGACCCAAAUGCCGGUGUGGAGACGGAUAUAUACUAGACAAAAUAGAUCAAAUCUCAUGUACAGGGGGAGAAAUUUUUCGUGAUGCCGAGUCAUAUCUAUGCUAUAGGUGA